GCCAGCAUGGAUUGUUGUGCAUGUCGUGCACAUGUUGAGCUAACAUGCGCCUCUCGAGGCGCCCUCUGCGAGGCGCCAUUCAGCGAGGCGAACCUCUUGCGCCUACUAUAAUCCCCUGCAAGCCUUUCCUUCUGUGCCAUUCGUCAUUUUGUUCGCACCACUCACUGCACAGCCUGCGAAGCGAGCUCUGCCGCGCCAGUACUCACUCAGCUCCGUCCCGCACCUCCGCUCCAUUCCGCGCGUUGCGGCAGCGGGCCGCACUCCACGAUCCUCGAUCCCUGCAGAAUGGCGUCGCGUCAAGAGUCCAAGCCCAAGGUGCAGGUGGAGGCGCCGACGGGCCACUACGAGUGCGUCAAGCCCGAGGAGCAGGCAGCGCGGGAGGGGCAGCAGAGGCAGCAGGGGCGGGAGGAGGGCAUGUGGCAGGCGACGGAGAAGUGAGCGUUGCUUGGCCACAGCUUGCUUCACCCAUGUUACUUCCGCCCGUCAGCACUCCACCAUGCCCACGCACGCCAUGCCAUGCCCCAGAACAACCCCAUGUGCUCACCGCCUCCUGCCAUGUGUGCACAUGCCCUGGCCAGCAGGCUGCAGUCAGCACAUGGCGUGGUUGAGCGCCAGGGUCACAAGACGGCUGCCAAUUCUACUGAGGCGUCGCUGAGCGCCCAGCAGCACGCGGCGCAGCAGCAGGGCGCUGAGGCGGCACACGAGGCGCGGCCGGGGCUGGGAGCAGCACUGGCUGGCAUCCGAGGCGCUGUGGGCCACGCUGGUGAGGCGCUGUUCGGGGGCGCGCACAAGAGCACAGACGAACACGUGCAGGCAGUGAGGGAGGGCGCAUCUGAGGCUGGUGAAUCUGCCAUGCGGUCGGCAGGUCGGGGCUACGAGAAAGGGGGGGAGGCGGCUCAGAAGGCGCCGGAUGCUGCUGCCAGGGGCGCGGGCACAGCGGCGGGCGUGGUGAGGGGCGCAGGGCAGGAGGCAGGGCGGGCCGCGAGGGAGGGCGCUGGAGCAGCAGCGCGGGGGGCGGGGGUGGUGGCGGGGACGGUGCAGGGGCUGGCGGAGGAAGGGGGGGCUGCGGGGAAGAGGGGGGUGGAGGGCGCUGCCAGGGGUGCGGGGACAGCAGCAGGGGUGGCGAAGGGGGCAGCGGAGCAGGCGGGGGAGGCAGCCAGGGAGGGCAGCAAGGCUGCUGCGCGAGGGGCGGGGAUGGUGGCGGGGAUGGCGAAGGGUGCGGGGGAGGAGGCGGGUAAGGCGGCAAAGGAGGGGACUCAGGCGGCAGCACGGGGGGCGGGGGCAGUGGCGGGCACGGUGCAGGGGCUGGCGGAGGAGGGCAGUGUGGCGGGGAGGCACGCUGUGGAGGGCACAGCGAGGGGUGCGGGCGCUGUUGCUGGCACGGCGCAGGCGCUGGGGGAGGAGGGCCGGAAGGUGGGCAAGCAGGCCCUAGGGAGUGCAGCGCGGGGCGUGGGGGCAGUGGGGGGCACAGCACAUGCAGUGGGGGAGAAGGCAGGCGAGGCAGCGAGUGAGGGGCUGAAGAUGGGCGCACGAGGGGCGGGAGGGGUGUAUGGGGCGGUGCAGGGCGCUGCUGGUGUGGGCAGGCAGGCGGCGGGUGACGUGGGGCAGCAGGUGAAGGAGGGAGCGCAGGCAGCAGCUGAGGGAGCGGCGAGGGGUGUGGGCACGGCAGCAGGGGCGGUGGAGGGCGCAGGAGAGGCAGCAGGGCGGGCAGCAGUGGAGGGCAGGCGGGCGGUGGGGGACACAGUGGGGGCAGCAGGGGUGAGCACGGCAGAGGCGGCCAAGGCAGUGGUGGGAGGGGCGACGCACGCGGUGGGGUCGGCUGUGAGUGCGGUGGGGGGGGGCGUGCACGACACGGUGGAGGGCAUUGGGCAGGCCAUAGGCGGGCUGGGUCUUGCCAUGGGGGGCGGUGUGAGCAGCGCGCUGGGGGGCAUGGCGGGGGCCGUGGGGGGUGGGGUGCACUCGCUGCUGGACACAGUGAGGGGCGCGCCGCAGGCAGUGGGGGAGGCAGUGCAGGGGCAUGCGCAGCAGGUGCAAGCGGUGGGGGACCAGAAGGGCGAAGGGGAGGCGGUGGGGGGAACGGGAGUUGGGGGAGGGAGAGGGGAGGAUGUGAUAUCGCGGCGGGUGGAUGUGAUAGAGGCGGUGCGCAUGGCCGGGGAGGAUAUUGGGCCGCUGGCAGGUGCUGCUGGCGUGGUGUCAGACGACAUGGCGGGGGUGGAGGGGCCGCGCGUGAUAGUGGUGACGGAGGACAAGCUCGUUCGCGACUAGGGCUGGACUCCUGACGGCUGCCAUGCUGGCAGGCCACUGGGAGGCGCAGUUGUGCGUACUGGCUCUGGCUGUACAUUCUCACUUGUAUGUUCUGCUGUACAUACUGUUAU